GCAACAAAAUAAAUUUCUUUUUUUUUACUUAUAACAAUAAAAUUUAAAAAUAAUAAACCAUCCAUCGAUUUAUCUAACAAAUUUUUUACAAUUAAAUCGAAGAAAAAAUUAUUUAAAAUAAAUGAUUAUAGUGUGAUAAUAAUAAGAAAGAAAAAAUAAAAGAGAGAAAAAAAUGAAGAGAACGAAAAUUAAUUACAUUUCCUUGUUAUCUUUCUUUUAACAUUCAACAUUCAUUCAAUCAUAAAAAAUUUAACUAUCAAAUGUAUACAUACAUUUUAAUAUUAAGUUUUGUAUGUAUCUUUAUAUAUUUAAUGUGUAGAUAGCUGUAAAAAACAAAACAUGUAUUCUAUAAACACACAUAACAACUAAAUGUUCAUGUUUAUCUAUAAACAGACUAAAUACUAUUCACAUUUGAGAAAAUAAUUGAUGUGAAUUAUGUUUAAAUUGACCAAUCAACUAUCAAUAUUAAGUAUUUAUAUUCAUUUUGUUUUAUUUUUUUUUUGUUCUCUAUCCGUCAAAAUCAUUCAUUUUGUCGUUAUUUACUAAAACUGAAAAAUGUCAUUCGUAAAUAGAGAAUAAUAAUAAUUGCUUUGAAUUAACAGUUAUAUUAUGACGUUAUUCUUUCCAAUAUCUGCCACCUAAACCUGGAGUGUUAUUCAUUAUUCAAAGAUUUUAAUCAUUCAAAUAAUGUUUGUGAGAAUAUCAAGGUGUUUCAUCGAAUAAUUUAGUAAAUAUGUUUUUAACUUCAUAUUGAACCAAGAAACUUUGGAGUACUGAUUAUCAGCUUAACGCAGACAUGAAACCUAAAGUUCUUCUCGUUCUUUACUUUAUUGUGGCAUUGAGUGAUGAAAUCAGUAGUUAUCUACAUGAAACAUGUCAAUCACAUUAGGAUGAAAACAGGCCUCCACAUAGUUGAUGUAAUAUAACGCUACUUGUCAUGGAUUAGCGCUGAAUAAUAUUCUUAACGUUCGAGUGAGAACUAGAAAAACGUUCAUUAAAUUUAGAUUACAACAUUCAUAUGGUUUAAUGUUAAACAUAACUAGAAACAGAAUCGUUGAAAACUUGAACAAUUCGAACUCUGUUAUUACUAAAAGUAACUUUAUAAUGUCAGAGUUGAAAUUUUGCUCAAAGUGUAAACAAUGCAUCAAAGAAAGUCAUUACUUAUUAGCUGAUUGUCAAUACUGGCAUGAAGAUUGUCUACGUUGUGUAUGCUGUGAUGCUAGAUUAGCUGAAUUAGAUAAAAUUUUCUACAUUAAAGCUAGGAUGUCAUUAUGUCGAAAAGAUUAUCUAAGACUUGUUUCCCAAUCUCCAAAAAUAUUGUAUGGUAAAACGGGUGAAUGUUCCAUCUGUCAGAAACAAGUACAAUCAUAUGAAUUUGUUAUGAAGAUAAAAAAUAGUGUUUAUCAUUUAUCUUGUUUUUGUUGUCAAUAUUGUCAAAUGAGGUUCUGCAUUGGAGAUCGCUUUUAUCUACAUGAAAACAUUAUUUUGUGUGAACAUGAUUACAUGGAAUUAUUUCCACACAUUUCUACACGUGAUAUUGAUCUGCCUCAUCCAGAAAAAAGAAAUAUUAUUUGUUAUAAAGCUACUGCUAACUCGUGUUUUUGUUCAAAUGAAAUACUUUCAAGACAAAAUUGCACUGAUUUUGGAGAUGAUGAAGAUUAUGAUGAUGAAAAUAACCAAAAAUAUCAAAUGAAUCUCAACUAUUCACAAUGUAUUGCUUCAUAUAUUCAACUAUUUACAAAGUGUAAAACACGCAUUACUGCUGAACAAAGUUCUUGUGACAAUAAAUUAAUUAGGAAUACAGAUAAUAGAUUAUGUUCUUUAUUAAAUCCAUUUGAUUUAAACUUCCAUGAUUCCACAACAAUAUCAGAUGACCGUUCAAGUGGUUAUGGUUCACCCAGUUCACCGGGGAAUAGCUUCCAUGAUAAGAUUUGAAUUUCAAUAAGAGAUAUUCUAAUAGUAUUCAGUCUUCUAAUAGACCGAUAUGUUGACAGUUGUUGAACAUUUACUUGGGAUAUGUUUAAACAAAUCAAAAUUUUCAGAAAAUAAAUGAAAAUAUGGAAGCGUUUAUGAUUCUUUAGAUAUAACUAAUUAAACAAAAAAAGUAAAUGGAUAUUAAAACAAUUUCUUCUUGAACUACCAUAUUAGAGAACUAAAUGAUCUAAAGAAGAACAGAUCGUAUUAUCAAAUGCAUUGUACAUUAAGUACUAUAUAUCAUAAAUAAAUUAUUUAUCCCA